UACCCUAUCGCUGCCUUUUCUGUUUCCGGUGCCGUCACGGGACCGAGCAGUUGGUGACAGUCCCGAGGGCCCCCGCCCCGCGCCCAUGGCCGAGCCGGACCCCUCUGACCCUCUGGAGACCCAGGCAGGGAAGGUGCAGGAGGCUCAGGACUCAGAUUCAGACACUGAGGGCGGAGCGACUGGCGGAGAAGCAGAGAUGGACUUCCUGCGGAAUUUGUUCUCCCAGACGUUGGGCCUGGGCACCCAGAAGGAGCGUCUGUUGGACGACCUAACCCUGGAAGGGGUGGCCCGCUACAUGCUGAGCGAGCGCUGUCGCAGAGUCAUCUGUUUGGUGGGAGCUGGAAUCUCCACAUCCGCGGGCAUCCCCGACUUCCGCUCCCCAUCCACCGGCCUCUAUGCCAACCUGCAGAAGUACCAUCUUCCCUACCCAGAGGCCAUUUUUGAGAUUGGCUACUUUAAGAAACAUCCAGAGCCCUUCUUUGCCCUCGCCAAGGAACUCUAUCCUGGGCAAUUCAAGCCGACCCUCUGUCACUACUUCAUCCGGCUGUUGAAGGAGAAGGGGAUGCUUUUGCGCUGCUACACACAGAACAUAGACACCCUGGAGCGAGUGGCCGGGCUGGAGCCCGAGGACCUGGUGGAGGCCCACGGUACCUUCUACACGUCGCACUGCGUCAGCCCCCUCUGCCGGCAGGAGUACACGCUCAGCUGGAUGAAAGAGAAGAUCUUCUCCGAGGUGACUCCCAAGUGUGAGAAGUGUCAAAGUGUGGUGAAGCCUGACAUCGUGUUCUUUGGCGAGAACCUUCCAGCGCGUUUCUUCUCCUGCAUACAGUCAGACUUCCUGAAAGUGGACCUGCUCAUCAUCAUGGGCACCUCCCUGCAGGUGCAGCCCUUCGCAUCCCUCAUCGGCAAGGCACCCCUCUCCACCCCGCGCCUGCUUAUCAACAAGGAAAAAACUGGCCAGACUGACCCUUUCCUGGGAAUGAUGAUGGGCCUCGGAGGAGGCAUGGACUUUGACUCCAAGAAGGCCUACAGGGACGUGGCCUGGCUGGGUGACUGCGACCAGGGCUGCCUGGCCCUUGCUGACCUCCUCGGAUGGAAGAAGGAGCUGGAGGAUCUUGUCCGAAAGGAACAUGCCAGCAUUGACGCUCAGUCGGGGUCAGGGAGCCCCAACCCCACCACUUCCACUUCCCCUGGGAAGUCCCCACCUCCUGCCAAGGAGGAGGCCAGGACUAUGGAGGGAGAGAAACCCCAGUGAUAGCUGCAUCUCCCAGGCAGGACGCCCAGCUCCUUUGGGACAGCUGAGCCCCAACCAACCCUGGCCCCCCCUAACUUGCAGCUCUUACGUGGGAGCUCAGAGCAUUCCCUCACUCUCAUAACGACUCCCUCCCAAAACUGGGGUCCCAGCUCCCCAGCCCUGGCAAAUCUCUAACAUCUGCUGAGGGCCGAAGCUUGGGCAGCCUGUCUCUAACAGCCCAGAGCCUCUAACCACCCCCAGGGGCAAGGAUCAACCUCCCUAACCUCUAACUGUUCCCAGGGCCAGGGGGCUUCCAAAUUUCUAACUAUCCCAGGACAGGGUCCCCAGGGCCCCCACUCUCUACUACUCUCAGGGGCCUGUGGCCAAGUAGAGAAAAAUCUAACCUACCCUGGGUGGGGGUGGGAGCCCUCCAAACAUAACUCACCCAGUGAGGGGUCUGAGCCUGAAGGCCUGCCACCUCUCUGCCUUCAACUCCCAAAGUGGGUGCCUAACCACCUUCACUCAGGACCCACUUCUCAUGUGGGAAUGGGCAGAUGAUGUUGCUUAUUGGAGACAAAUUAAAAACCAAAAACUAACCAUC